UCAAUCAAUUGUUUAAUGUGUAGUUUAAUAUUUUGUUGUAUGGUCAAGCAUCGACUGAGUGGACGUUUAUUUUCAUCAGUGCAUUAAUUUCAACCCAUAGCUUAUCACCGACAUGUAUUCAACGAGUCAAUACGAAAUUUUACUGUAUUUAAUUUUAAUUAAUUGCUCUCUUGCGCUAACUUUUAACUAUGACACUGAACAUGCAAUCAUCUUCAAACCUCAUGUCAGUCACAAUGACGUUCAUCAUGACACUGAUUAUCAAGCCUUUGGAUCAUCCGUAGCAAUGAUUAAAUUGAACAAAACGACCAGGAUCAUCGUUGGAGCUCCAAAGGGUAAAUCACGCUUAAUCAAAACACACCAGACUGGGUUAGCUUAUUCGUGCAAAAUCAACCAAGAUGGGAUGACAACAAGUUGUAAAGAGAUCAGAUUGAGUACACGAUAUCUUGGCAAAUCAUUCAAGACCAAACAUUUAUUUACAUCUGGAAUGAAUCUUGGUUUAAAUAUAGCUGUUGGUGGAUCAAACAAUUUGCUAACCAUUUGUGGUCAUCUUCAUAAUCUUGCUAACCAACCAUCUGGUAUUUGCUUCCUUGUUUCACCCGUGAAUAUGGAUAUAAUCAAAGUUUUACUGCCCAAGUCUAAAAAAUUAUCAGGGUCUAAUCAGCAGAAAUUAAUGGGCAAAGCAGUUCACGAAAUGUUUGGUUUCUCAUCAGCAUUUACGCGAACGUCGAAUCAGUUGAUUUUUGGUGCUCCAGGUUAUGAUAUUUUUAGAGGAGCCAUAUACACCGCAUCUAAUAUCAAUAAAAUGUCACCAACUGCAAAUAUUUCGAUAAAUACAAUAAACGAGAUUGAUCAAGACUCUUAUUUUGGUUACUCUGUGACGACUGGAAUCUUCUUCAAAUCACAAUCAGAAUUGGCAGUUGUAGGAGCACCUCGAAGUCAUGAAUUGAUAGGACAAGUUUACAUUGUUGAAAUAAAUCAAAACGAUCUCAAUGGAAAUGUGAUUCAGAUCAUUGAAGGACAUCAGUUUGGAGAAUAUUUUGGUUGCUCAAUGCUCUCUAUUGACUUGAAUAAUAAUGGUUAUGAUGAUUUACUGGUUGGUGCCCCACUUUACAUGCCUGAGCACAACCCGAAAGGUGAUUGUGGCCGAGUGUACAUAUACUCAAGCAACGGUGUUCAUCUUGUCCAAUCAGCAAUAAUCGAUGGAGAUUCCAUCUUUGGAUCCAGGUUUGGCUCCUCUUUGGCUUACAUCGGAGAUCUUGAUGGAGAUUCAUUCAAUGAUAUUGCGGUUGGGGCACCUCAAGAAAAUGAAGGAUCUGGAUCUGUCUACAUCUAUUCUGCAAGAUUAAUCAAAACAAGUAAAAAAUAUUUACAGAAAAUUGAUUCCUCCAAAUCUUUUGACUUGCUUGGUUUUGGUUCUAGCAUUUAUUCCGGAAUAGAUGUGGACAACGAUAACUGUCCCGAUCUUCUGGUUGGAAGCUACAUGUCAGAUGCAGCAGUUUUAUUGAAAUGUAGACGUAACCAGAAAUUGAUUCAUACAACCUGAAUGUGUGAAAUUAUUUAUGUUACCAAUUUUUGUAAAUUAUAUCGUUAAAUUUAUCUCUCCUUUUAA